CCGAUCCCCCCAUAAAAGCAAACAAAUAGUAUCUAACCCAAACAGUCAAUCUGUUUCCACUUAUUACCACUCUCCACCGGUUCUCUCUGUGGCAGUCCAACUCUGAACUCUCUAACUCACGCAGCAGCCCCUUCAAACUCUGCCAUCCAUGGCUGCCACUAGAGCAAUGGCUGUUGCCAGCCAAACCACUUCCUGCUUACUUUCCAAGAGACGCUUUUCUCUAUCUAGCAACUCCCGUAUCGCCAAUUUGUGCUUUAACGAUAAAAGAGUUUUCUUUUCGUCAAAGAGGGUGUUUUCUUGCAGGGCUAUUUACAAUCCUGAGGUUCAGAUCAAGGUGGAAGGCCAGCCUGAAACCUUGGAUUACAGACUCUUUUUUGUUGACUAUUCUGGAAAAAAGAUUUCGCCUUGGCAUGACAUACCAUUACAAUUGGGAGAUGGUGCUUUCAACUUUAUUGUUGAAAUUCCCAAAGAGUCAAGUGCAAAGAUGGAGGUUGCUACUGAUGAGCUAUUCACUCCCAUUAAGCAGGAUACUAAAAAGGGGAAAGUUCGAUAUUAUCCAUACAAUAUAAAUUGGAAUUAUGGAUUGCUUCCACAAACAUGGGAAGACCCAUCAUUUGCCAACUCUGAAGUUGAGGGUGCUUUUGGUGAUAACGAUCCAGUUGAUGUUGUUGAGAUUGGCCAAACACAAAGAAAGAUUGGUGACAUUCUUAAGGUCAAGCCUCUGGGUGCCUUAGCCAUGAUUGAUGAGGGGGAACUUGACUGGAAAAUAGUUGCAAUUUCAUUGGAUGAUCCAAAAGCUUCGCUUGUUAAUGAUGUUGAUGAUGUUGAGAAGCAUUUCCCAGGAACUCUCACUGCAAUAAGAGACUGGUUUAGGGACUACAAGAUCCCGGAUGGGAAACCUGCUAACAAGUUUGGUCUGGGCAACAAGGCUGCAAACAAGGAUUAUGCCUUGAAAGUCAUCACUGAAACAAACGAGUCUUGGGCAAAACUUGUAAAGAGGUCCAUUUCUCCAGGGGAGCUUUCCCUUGUAUAACUAGAGCUGCUCGGCUAUAGCAAAGGUUUUGCUUCCAUAGAGCAAGUCCUGCUUAAGUUAUUCAUCAUUUGCAAGAGUUUUCUCCAUUAUUUUGUUAAGAUAAAUACGCUUUUAUGUAGUCUUAUUUAUUUGUAUAAUAAAUUUAUAUUUAAGCUACCAUUUGUGCCUUAAAAAUGUAUCUGGGAUUUGGUUAUAUAAUAAUUAUUCGGAUUAUUAUUACUCUUUGUUUUAUUAGGUGUUAGAAAAUGUCAAAUAUUGAGUUGUAUAAACUAUGGUUUUGAAAUUUAUAAUGGACCAACCGGUUCGACCAGAA